AUGUUUGCCAAUUUGAUUGGUAAAUUCCGUCGAUCCGAUAGGCAUGAGAAACAAGACGAAGAAAACAAUCUCAACCAAAGCAGCAGUGCCUCACCACCAAUUGCAUCCGAUAGAAAUGCCCCGCUUACUGUGCCUGGAGACAGAGCAGCUGGCCGUCAAAAUAAUCAACUCACACCGCAAAAUUCAACAGAUGCUUCUGCUGUAUCAGCACCCACCACAUCAGAGCCGAUCAAGGAAGAAGACCUUCGAUUCUAUCAGGGCGGUGUGCGUCAAAAACACAAGCGAUUUGUAAAGUGGAUUGGAAGAAUUGGUUUCAUUGCAAAAGGCAUUGUUUACGGUUGUAUUGGUGUAUUGACCAUUACCAAUGUCAGCGGUGCCUGGACUCCCAACGGUAGCGAAGGCAACGAAUCGCCUCAAGGUGCCUUUUUGCUGCUGGGUGGUAUUCCGUCCGUUGGCCGAUCCAUCCUCAUUGUGAUGGCUGUCGGCUUGGUGUUGUACAUUACCUGGCGCAUGUGGGAAGCCAUCACUGGUCAAGGAAGUGAUGCCAGCUUUGGAAAAAAGAAGAACUUUUUCAGAUAUCGAUUAUCGCCAUUUGUCAGUGGUCUUGUUUAUACAGCUUAUGCUUAUUAUGUCAUUCAGAUGAUCUUUCAAACCUCAGAAGAGCAGCAACAUGCUGCAUCUAGUUCUACAUUUCCUGCUUCUUGGACAAAAUCAACACUGGGCAAAGCGGGUAUUGGUAUUCUAGGUGUCGCCUUCUUGAUUGCAUUUGCAACACAAAUUAUCAAUGCUGUUACAGGCAAUUUCAUCAAAGAUCUCAAGACAAGCGAGCCAGGCACCAACAAGUAUCUGGCUUUCAGUUUGCAUAUGUUGGGCCGUAUAGGCUUUGGUGGAAGAGCAGCUCUCUUUGGCACCAUGUCUGGCUUCUUUUGGGACUCUCUGGCCCAAGCAAAUGAAUCUGGAGACAAGAACAUGGUGGCUGCUGCUAUAGGCAAGCUCGCCAACUCGGGUGGUGGCCGCUUCUUCAUGGUGAUUCUGGGUGUUAGUCUGGUGAUCUAUGCCUUGUUUGCUGUCCUAAAUGCUUAUUUCAAGUACUUCCCUACGCCGCCUCCCACUCGUCAUGAAUAUUACACGCAUGAUGUGGUGGACCCAGACGAAAGCACUGCUUCUUCGUCCUCUGUCUCAUCCAACUCGGAUGCUGCGCAAGCCAUUAGCUCUGAGAUCGUUGCACACAAGGACGAGAAUGCACUCUCCACGGCUACUGAGGUGAAGGACGCCUACGAAACAAAAUCGCCCUGGUACGCUAGAUUCAUGAGAAGUCAUUCAAAAACGACAAGAGAGGUUGAUCCCGAAAAGCAAUAA